AAUGGCAGAUGUCAAAAGAAAAUUCAGUUUGCCAAACUGAAAAGGAAUAAUGAUUGAAAUAAUUUCAACCAAUUUAAUAAUCACUUACUAAAAUUAACACAACUGAAUGUAAUGAAGACUGUAUGUAGAUAAUUGGAAAAUAGCUAGAAAAAAUGAAUCACCCAAUUCUAUGGAUUAGGGAGAUGAUAUUAAAUGAAUAUAUAGGUGUCUCAUAAACGAUAAUAGAAUAAAUACGUAAUUGAAUACUAUAAUUGUUUACAAGAAGGGAAAAUAAUGAUUAUGUUGUUAGGUAAUAUAUCAAAUUUGAGAUGGUGAUAGUCAGAAAUACGGCUUUUAAAUGGAUUCGAAGAUACAAAGUGUUCUUCGUUUUUGGCACCACUAUACUAGUUUUUCAAAUAUUCCUCACUUUAAAAUUUUUCGCCAUAAGCAAGAACAACAAAGAACAAAAGUGGCUGCCCACUUACGAAAGAAUAGAGAAAAAUCAUUACAGUAGUGAAGGAAAAAUUAAAAUUGGAUCUUUUGAUGAAGAGGUUGCAAGUAAUAUCAAUCAGAGUAAAAACUCAAGAAUGAAAGUAAAGCCCCAUUUGAAAUUGGAAGACCCGGGUUUUCAACCGAACUGUAAAAUAGUUGGUAGAGAAGCUAUAUCAGCGAUAAACAGAGCAAAAAGCAGAAAAUGUAAACAACUUAUAGCCAAUGUCACUUGUCUGAGUUUAGAAGGAAAAUUGUACCCCGAAAAGCUGCCCAAUUUUUGUAUGGACAAGAAAAACAGUUCGGGAAAGGCUCUGGGUUGUUUUAAAGACGAGAAGGAAUAUCGAUUAUUGAGUGGCUAUUAUGGAGUAUUGAAGGAUAAUUCGCCCGAAUAUUGUAUGCAGCUAUGUCUUCAGUCUGGUUUUCCAUAUGCUGGAGUGGAAUAUGGAAAUGAGUGUUUUUGCGGUAUAGAUGAACCCACAUUCAGCAAAAAACUUCCGGAUUCUUCCUGUAAUAUGAAGUGCCCUGGUAAUGCUCAUGAAACAUGUGGUGGUUAUUACACAUCAAACAUCUACAAUACUGGAAUAAAGAGAUUUGUGCCCCAAAUAGCAAAUACUGAAAGCGCUAACGAAAAACCUGUUAAGAUUGUUUUUUUAUUAACAUUGAAUGGAAGAGCACUGAGGCAAAUAACAAGAUUAUUGAAGCUGCUAUACCGAAAAGAUCAUUUUUAUUACAUUCACGUGGAUGUGAGGCAAGACUAUCUCUUUCGGAAACUCCUGUUCUUAGAGAAACGUUUCCCGAAUAUCAAACUGAGCCGUAACAGAUUCGCCACUAUUUGGGGAGGAGCCUCCCUCCUCAAAAUGUUGAGGUCCUGCAUGAACAGUUUGUUGCACUUGAAAUGGGACUGGGAUUUCGUCUUGAAUCUCAGCGAGUCAGACUAUCCGGUAAAGACAGUGGACAAACUAACUGAGUUUUUAUCAGCUAAUAGAGAUAAGAACUUUGUGAAGUCGCAUGGUAGGGAAGUCCAGAGGUUCAUACAGAAGCAGGGAUUGGAUAAGACGUUUGUGGAAUGCGACACGCAUAUGUGGAGAGUGGCCGACAGGAAACUGCCGUGGGGUAUACAGAUCGACGGAGGUAGCGACUGGGUGGCCCUGAACCGCGAAUUCGUAGAUUACGUAGCCGGAGACAACGUCGACAACCUAGUCAAGGGGCUCCUGAAGAUAUUCCAUCACACCCUGCUCCCCGCGGAGUCUUUCUUCCACACGGCCCUGAGAAACUCGAUCUUCUGCAACACGUACAUUGACAACAACCUGCAUGUGACCAAUUGGAAGCGGAAAUUGGGCUGCAAAUGCCAGUAUAAGCACGUGGUCGAUUGGUGCGGCUGCAGCCCCAACGAUUUCAAGCCGGAAGACUGGCCAAGGAUUUUGGGAACCGAGAGUCGUACUUUGUUUUUCGCCAGGAAAUUCGAACCUAUCGUCAGCCAGUCCGUUAUUUACCAGCUGGAGUUGUGGUUGUUGAACGCGGAGAAGCCUAGGGUACCAGUAAAAUCGCUGGAUUCGUACUGGCAGAGCGUUUAUCAUUAUCAGGAUCUGGGGUUGGAGCCUGACCACGGUUUGCAGAUGAUUUCACGUGCGGCUGUGAGGAAUUGGUUGAAUUCCUUAGAAAACGCCACGUGUACCCCUAAAAUCAAUAAAAUAAUUGAAAUAACGUCAUAUCAUCACAAAGAUCGUUAUAAAUACACUUUAGUCAAGUUCAAAACGUCCUUGGGUGUUCUAGAAUUAGCCUACACCUACCUUGACACCAUAUCCGUGUUGAAAUCUUCGAACUUAACCAAAAGACUGGAGCAUCUUUCGGUAAACUCAGAUUACGAUCAGAAGGAGCAGAUAUCGCGGAAUUUCCCCAGAACCUUAUCCGUUUACUCGGAUUUCGUCCUUAUAUAUCAAUUUUCGCCUAGUUUAUCCAAGACUUACAACAUAUCAUUCUUAUGGAUCGAUCCAACGGGGAAGCUGGUAGAAGUAUCCGAGAUAAAUUUGGACGAAAACAACUGUAUAGGCCAUAUUAAAGUAAACCUCCAGCAGCCACACAUACCAGGAUCUUGGUCCAUCAAACUAGUUCAUAAGGAUUCCUUAUUAGUCGAUUACAAAUUUUUAAUCACGCCUCUGGAGACUGUCGAUGUGUCGAAAACCAUAACAUCCUCCUCACCCGAUGUGCCAUCUAAACCUACCCGUGUAAGUUACGAUAAAUUCGUUCCCAACUCCUUCGAUAGAGACCUGCUGGAGAGCCUCCACCGGUCCAAUUCCAGACUGGAGGGACAGGAGCUGAAGAAGUGGAUCGACUCUCUCUUCUCCAAAUUUUACUCGGUGGAGAGGGUUUGCCUUGUCGGGGAUACGAAGGUGUGCAAUCGGACCCUCGACGCUUGUUCUAAGUCUAGUUGGAGUUCUUAUUACCCGGAUCCGAAGAGUGCCAUAGGGGAGGUUAACCAGACCACGGGGGUUUUCGAUUUGUGGUUAUGAGACUUGUGAUUUCGUGAAUUUUCGAUAUUGUGAUAUUCCUUGGUGCUCAACUAUUUGAUAUCUAGAUGUAAAGUGGGUUGUUGUUGUAUUUUUUCAGGGAUUUGAGGCGUCAGAAGUGUUUUUUUUUUCGUGUAGAUAGAUUCUGUUUUUUCUUACCAUCAGAUUCGUCGAUGACCCUUGUAAUUAUUGUGAAUAUUUCAGACUUUCGUAUUGUGAGCUUCUUAAAUGUGUGUGAAGCUGACCUAACCCAAUUGUUCUUAAUUAGCGUUUCUUUGUGCAGUUAAAUUUUUUUUAUUCUGUUCGGUAUCUAAACUUUUAAAAAAGUCCUGGGCUCGAUU